GCUCUUCUUACGUUCUUUGUUGUGUCAACCUAUGCUCUAGUGUGGCUGGUGAUGCUUGCAUUGCAAUGGAUCAAUGGGUUCAAAACCUGGCUGCUCACACCGCACUAGAUGAGAUCUUGCCCUCUGUCGACACCACAACUGCCCUUGAAACCUUGGCAAAGAGCAAGGAAGUCACCUCCCAACUAGCCGAGGUAGUGAACUAAGUGAUGACCAACAUGUCCAACAUCAACUUCUCCCCAAACUUCAAGCCACUCUACAUCAACCAAUCCGAUCCCUUGGUCCCAAUUCUCAGCAACCCGUUUCAUGCUGACUUGACAGAUCGCGCCUGCAGCCUUGGCGAAGUCGAUCUCAACAAUGCCACACAGGUGUGGAGCAACUAUGUAUGCCAGGUUUCAGCAGCAGGAAUAUGUGAAACCACGGGGCGAUUGACACCGACUAUAUACAACCAGAUGGAGGUUGUAAUCAACGUUAGCUAUGGAUUGAUCAACUACGCACCAUUCUUGAUACAGUUAGAAGACUGCUCAUUUGCUAGGCAGACGUUCAGUGAGAUACAUAGGGAGCAUUGUCCUGGACUGAGGAAGUACAGCAUGGAGAUCUAUGUAGCGGUGGUGAUAGUCUCCACUGUAGUUAUCUUAUCUUUGAUCUUCUGGCUUAUCUACGACCGAGAAAGGCGGCACUGGGUGGGUAGAAAGCAAGAGCAGGAGAAUCAUCAUGAAUUUGAACAAAGGGCAGCUCAUUAGGAGGUGGUGGAAGAAGGUGGAGAGAUCAAGAAGACCUGAAUGAAAUGAAAUAGUGUUUUUUGA